CUCCUCCUCCUCCUCCUCCUCCUCUCCGGAAGCAUGCUGUCGCUCCCCGGGGUGCACAGCCGGGCCCUGGACCCCAAGGACCAGGAGGCCGAGCGCGAGCGGAACCCGAUGACGCUCCUCCAGCAGAGCUCUUUCGCGAGCAAGGCGUGCGAGGAGCUCCUGGAGCUGAUAGAGGUCAACGGCAUGGCCCUCAUAGAGGCGGGCUAUCCGGCCGAGCGCGAUGGGCCCGGCUGGGCGGCCACGGCCGUCCUCGGCGACGGCGAGGAGUUUACCAUGUGGCUCGGCGACGUCGACGACGCGAUGAACUUCGAGGCGCUCCGGGAGAGGAGAGUCCGCGCCGUUGUGAACAUGGCCGUGAAGGACUGCAAGAUCGAGCAGGGCCUCCGCAUCGCCCUGAACAGGGAGUGCCCCGAGGACGUCGCGGAGGAGGACAAGAGAUGGGACGACAUGCAAUUCGACACGGAGUACUACAGGAGGCAGCUCGACAGCGACGACAUCUGGUACCUCGGGCUGUCUACCGAGGACGCCCUGGGGUACCCGAUGUCGGAGCACUUCGACGAGCUGGUCGUGUUCCUGCGCCGCUGCCGGGAGGACGGGCGCUCCGUGCUCGUGCACUGCAUGCACGGCCUCAAUCGCGCGGGCUGCGCGUGCGGCGUCUUCCUCAUGCGCGAGGGUCUGUGCUCCUCUGCGGCGACCCCGUGGGCGCAGGGCGGCUCUGCGCGCGGAUGCCCCGCGCCCACGGGAUCUCGCGCCUCGCCGUCCGGACCUCGUGAGGCUGGCCCCGGGCGCGGAGGGCCUGAGCCUCCGCGAGAUGAUCGACUACCUCUCGCGCCGCCGCGCAGGGGUCCUGCAGAACACCAGCUCGGGGCUGGCCGCCCAGGGGCCCCACGCCUCCGAGGCGCGGGGGCGCGCCGCGGACCUGGCCGCGGGGCCGCCCGGCGGCGGGGCAGCUGGCGAGCGGGGAGCGCCCGCCGAGGCCGCCGCUGCCCGGCCCGCCGCGCCGGCGUCGCCCGCGCGCAGGGGCGGCAGGUAUUGUUUAUGCCUCUGGAGGGCGCGCGAGAAGUGCACGAAAGAGUGGCAGCCGACAUGAGCUUGCCAUUGCCAUCCUUGUUUCUUGUGUCAGGGGCAUGUUGGUAUAUAGUUGCCAUUGCUACCCCUGUCGCCCGGCCGCAUUCUGCAAACCCGCCCACCACCGUGCUAGCUGCAAGGGUAGCGCCGACAUGUAUGCAGGAUGAUUCACCGAGCUCUCUCGAAGAGGCUCGGUUAAAGCACGGUUCCACGCGCUCCACGGGCCCCCAUGACGCUUCUGGGGUCUUGGGCGCGAUUUACCGUAGUACCCAUUCUCCCCGCCUGUGUCAUCUAUGUCUAUCACACACCUCUGGCUCACUGGGCUGGCGAGUUGUUUUUCAUAGCCUGAUAUUGACGUCGAUAGUAGUAGCGACGUGGCUGGACCAAUGUUCUUGUUGCCACUCGUUGUGCUAGUGCUGUCUAGUGCUCUCUCGCCUGCUGUUCUCCUGCGAGGUGCCCUGUCUCCACUCGUUGUUCUUGUCUAGGGCCCUGCGGGCAAGCCCUGUUCUCUUCUCGCGAGGCAUGGAUCAGGCAUAUUCUACCGCAUACAUCGGCGACCUGAUGCUUUUUCCGCAUCCUAUCGUCCGUCCUUUGUUCGGUUGCUCAGGUUUCGCCCACAGUCUCAUUCGCCGAGGCAUGCCUGGAGUCUGCAAGGCUUGGGGAUGCGCCCCCCCUGAUGUGGUAACGGCAGCCUUCGACACCCAGGGCAGUCCAGGUUGGUCUCAACACCGAAAUCCUGGAACGCAGAGCGCCCCAGCCUCAA